AGCGGUUCAAAUACCGCAGAGGGUGCAGCCUGAAGAUUCGAGAUUGGCAGCAUGGACAGCGAAAGCUUCGGUUUUUUGGUGGAGUGGUAUGACUCGCAGGCGCUUAGCGCAACUAGGAGUACCAGCUGACGGUGUUCAAGCCGCAGAAAGGGUCCCUAGAAGCUGCGAUGUAUGACCCGAAGGCACAUCGAGGCUUUCUGAAGCGAACCCCUGUUCCUAGCUUGAAGAUGGAGGACUUGCUCGUUGGCAGCACGGUCACGAUUUAUGCCCGACAUUUGAAGGUCAAAGCCUAUGCAGACAGCCACACGCGCAAUGCACUGGAGUGCAAGAGGGCGUCGUUAGCAAUCCUCUUGCAACCUCCUGCAUUCCCACAGCUUGGUCAGCUGGUCAGCUGCAUUGAGUCGGGCGGCUUGAAAAUCCAACGGCUCCGCCUGGUGAACGAAAGCGGACCUGUUGUGGCCUUGGAGGUCGUGGGGGAUGAUGCGGAUCUUCUCUGGAGCCAAGCAUGUGGUCAUGUUCCCGCCACAGCCUACAAACAGGUGCCACGUGACCAGAUCGAGCCCUAUUUCUGUGACAGGGAGCGUUUCCCCUGCACUGCGGCUUUUGACCACUGCACGUUGUGCAUCAUCAGGCCGCAUGCCUUGAAGGCCGGGAAGGCUGGGGAGAUCAUGAUGGCUAUCCAGUCCGCUGGCCUUGAGAUCUCCGCCGCGGAGAUGCUUCAUCUUCAGCACGCAGAAGCAGCCGAGCUGUUAGAUGUGUACAAAGGAGUCGUGCCCUACCACAAAGAGAUGGUGGAUGGCAUGAGCAUCGCCCCAAUGUUGGCAUUAGAGGUGCGAGCAGAAGAUGCCGCCGUGGAGAAGCUCCGGGAGCUUUGUGGUCCAUAUGAUGUGGACAUGGCGCGACACUUGCGGCCCCAGUCUUUGCGGGCUCGCUUUGGCGUGGAUAACGCGAACAAUGGCGUCCACGCCACAGAUUUGGAGGACGAUGCCGAAUUUGAGGUGCGGUACGUGUUCGAAAUGUUGGCCAUCCAGGCCAGGUAGACGGAGAGCCUUGAAGAGGCGGUAGAGGUUGUGUUUCACCUGGGCGAAAAGAAGCCACAGAGAUUGAACGCUGAGAUAGGCUAGGACAGCUAGGAAGCCGGUGACAUGAAAGAUCAAAAGAUAUUGACAGAUGUACCGUGGAUGUUUCCUACAUACCUCACCACCAUUUUGGUGGGGAAUUGGU